AUGGCUGCACAAAAGCCAACCUGCUUCUUAUCCAUCGCAUCCCUCAUGUUCGUUGCCUUUACCAGCGUUGUCAGUUUCACCAUGAAAUGCUUUGUUGUCCUGGCAUUCUACAUGAUGUCAGAAGAAGACAUCUCCUAUGUUUGUGAGCGUGGUCUGGGUUUCUACGCAGCCGAACCAGAUAAUGAUGACCGUAGCUCUGACUGGAGUGUUGUGAGUGGCCCCGGAACUCCUAGAUCACCAUCCCAGAACAACCUCACGGGAGAUCCUGCAACUUGCUCUUUGACCGACUGGCGACCCUUGCUCACGGACUUUGAGAUGAAGAAUUUCGAUGGUUAUAUGAAGAGGCAUGACAAGCUCGAAGGGGAGAAGAAACCUCCUCCCGUCUUUGCGGUGAGCCAGAACUUUGAGACCCACCCCACAGCUGUUGGAGGAAGUGAUUUUUCGCUGCCGUGCAUGACCAAGAGUGGCACCAGGCGACUUGUCCAUGGAGAGAAGCUCAGGUGGCUAACAAGUCGGGAAAAACUGGCAGCUUCUGGUUUGGCAAUCUCUGAACUUCAGGCAAAGGAGGCUGGUAUCAGGGCUCCAGAAAAUUUGCUCUUCAUUGAACCUCCUUCUGAACCUGAUGGUCUAUCGGUGGUGGACGGGGUAUACAUUCUCAAGGUGGGUCACCUAGACAUUCCAGUUGGGGGUGACAAAGUCUUCGCCUACAAAAUCCACAAGCAGCUUCACGAAGCGAGACUGGAGCAAUCCGCGCUUACAGUUCAGCAAUUGAGAGAGAAGCUCGGAGAGUGGGGGGGCAGCGGAAAAAAGUUCAACCAGGCAAAGACAAAAGAAGACAAGCAAGUGGUUGUGUUGGAGGCCUACUACAUGAAAUUCUUGCACGCCGAGCCUGAAAAACAAGCCUCAAACGAAAAGACGCCUACUCCAAAAGCAGCAGUCACCACCUCCAAGCAGUCGCAAAAAGAAGAGGUUCCCAAAAGUGUUCAGAUAGAAACUGCAAAGAACUUCAAAGCUGAUGUGUCCUCAAGCAUUCUUUCCGAAGAACCACCACCACUUGGAAAGAUUUUGGUGCUUGAGAAAGGAUGGCUUGACAAAAUUUUGGAGGGAGAAAAAACACUGGAGCUGAGAAAAACCCUCAUUGAUGAAAAGGAACACAUGUACCUUGCUGCCAAGGAUUGCAUCUAUGCAAAGUGCAUGGUCUCGGACCCGAUCGAAAUUUGCAACAGUGAUGAAUUUGAAUCAUUGAUGGAAGCUCACCAGUGUACAAACCCACCUUACUCCUUCCCCAUGGUAGGCCACAGAAUCAGCAAGGUUCAGAAAUUGACACCCUUGAGAUUCAACAAACUUCGUGGGGCAGUUGGGAGGGCCCUUUACAGACCGUUGUCGAAGGGUGAGGAAGGUGGAAAAGAGGAUGCCCCGGUUGGUGAGAACGAGGGGGAUGUCCCGGUUGGUGAGGAGGAUGUUCCGGUUGUUGAAGAGGGUCCCGGCAGUGCAAAGACAGCAAAACCAAAAGCCAAUGGAGCAAAAAAAACCGGGCCGUGUGCAAAGAAAAAAGCAGAACAGCCAAAAAAAGACAAAAAAAAGGGACCCAAAACCGCAAAGGCUACUGAGGCACUGAAGCUUUCGCAACCUGACUUGCUUCAGGGUCAAUCAGUGAAGCUUGUGGAUCACAAGGAAAUGACAUUCUUCUUCCUCUUGGGCUCUGUGGACUCGGAAGGGGUUGUUCACAUCAAGGGAUGUUGGUGCCCGGAUUGGGAGGCCCAAAAAAACAUCUACUCCUUGAGUUGGAAAGAUAGUUCAUUGGAGGAACUACGCAGCGAGAAAUCCGAUGAGGUUGUGGGGUGCAACAUUGUGAAACCUGGUGGGGUUGCAGAGCUACACCAACUGGAUUUUGAAAUGGCUUGCAAACAUCAAAAGGAAUGCAUUCCAAAAUUUGUCACCAUUGUUACAGGGUCUGAUCGAAUCUCUCACUUCUUUCGACUACCAGAGGAAAGCAUAGAGGAUCACCAAGUGACAGAUGCAAACGUGACAAAACUCUGUGAAUCGGUUACCUGGGUGGGCAAGUCUUCCCUCUACUACUGUGAUGUAGUCAGUGAACGUCUUGCUACUUUGAAAGUGAUGGAGGAGGAGGCACGUCGAGCCUUGCUGCAAAAGAAAGGGUGCCUGAAGAAGGUUGCAGAAAAAGCUCAGGUACCAAACGCUGGAGAAGUUAGCACAGCUGUCGCCACCCUGACCAACAUUGCUGAUGAACUGGGUGCGUUUGGUGACUGGUUGACUGGCCAGAUCAGCAACUUUAGCGCAUUUUCCCCCGCUGUCAAGCUAGAGUUUGAAAAUGAGUUGAAAAAGUUCCCCAUGGCAUCUACAGAGCUUCAGAAGGCCAAUUGCGCUGAAUGUCCUAGAGAUGUGGGGGCUGCUGCAAAACUGUUGGCUUCCGUCUUUGGUCUCCAAAGCAAUCUGAAACUUCGGGCUGCCAGACGAGAAGCGGAAGACGGUGUUCAAGAACAUCAUCCUGGACAACAAAGUCAAAUCGUUCUUUGCCCUGAAGAAGCUCAGGAGGAUGAGCGGGUUGAGGAGGGGGAAGUGGUUGACAAUGAGGGUGAAGAGGGUGAAGAGGAUGAAGAGGACAAGGAGAAAAAAGGGGGUGGACUGUCAAGAAGAACACGUCUUCCUGUUUACAAGAAACUUCUUGCGAUCAGGGAGGCAGAUCGAUUUCUUGAGGAAGGUCUGAAAACUGGUGUAGAAAAAAAGGUGAUGGCUACUUUUCCUGAGAUGUUCAUGGGCACGAAAGGGAGGAUGAAGUCGGGAAUGCUGGGGCGCUGGAUGGUUCAGUGCGAUGAACAAGAUUGGAGAAAGAUCCCAUUUGAAAAGAUGUCCAACCAUGAUCAGCAACUCAAAGACUUACCAGACUGGAUCCGCCUACCAAUGGGGUUGCCACCUAGGUCACUUGACAAGUUCAAAAGCGGAACCAACAUUCCAGGUGCUGUCACCAGAAAGAUCAUCGAAAUGAUUGAAAAAGUGACUUGCGGGGAGGGAACACGGUUGACUUCCGGCAGUGUGAAAGUGGACUCUGUGAAAAAACAGGCAGAGAUACUACUCGAGGCCUACAACAGGGCCCAGCAGCAGGCUGCUGCACAACAUGGGAUGGCCAUGCCAGAAGUGAAGUCCACAGUAUCAGAGCGUUGGAUCAAUCGUCUGCUAUCCCACUAUGGUUGGAAACGAAAUACUCCGAAUACUCUGGGAGCAUACUUGGAGUUUGACGAUGAGCGUAUGGUAAAAUCAAGAAAAGCUUGGGCAUUUCUCAGGAAAGCGAGAGGCACUUUGGAAUCAGCUUAUGGCUAUGCAAAAGGGUACUGCUCAGUGGACAGCAAAGCGCAGAAGAAUCGCAGGUCAGGCCUGAUGUCUAGGGCUACUGAGACUCCUGUGUUGAUGAGCAACGGCAAUGUGCACCUAGCUGUGAGUCAUGAAGAUUCUGUGCUUUCCUGCAUCUAUGGGUGGCAGCGCAUGGCUAAGAAGCAGAAGGUUCUGAGGUGGGCGUGGCUGUCGAGGGGUAUGGCAUCCAUCGAAGAGAUGUGUGAAGUCGCUCCCGGUGAAGUCACACCAGAAGGUCUCAAGUCAGAAAUGGAAGAGUGCGAAAAACAUGUGGAGGAUGGCGAAUGGGAAGCGGGCAUCGAUGAGGUUUUCUCCCGGCCAGACGUGAACAGAACCAUGUUCAUUUGGCAGGUUGAGGUUGCCACAGAAGACUCUGAUGUAGAAGAUGAUUGGGAAAAAGAGGAUUCUGCAUGGAGGUGUCUUCCACAACACUGGCAGACUGUCUUGAAUGCCCGUUUGGCUCAAUAUCAGUCCUCUCUUCAAGACGCCCAGGCUCUUUAUGAGUAUCGUGUUGAAACCUUCGGUGCAAACGAUGUGAAAACCAAAAAUGCGAACCAGAAGCUCGUGGACCUUCAGUCUGGGAAGGGUGCGCGUUCCAUCGUUUUGAUGCUCAAGGGCAGUGGGAAGGAGGUUGGGCAGGAAGUCUACAGGAGGACUGUGCAGAAUGACAAUGGUGAGCUGAAAGUUUCGGUGUCUAACAAAAUCCAGGCUUAUCAGCUAUGCGUGGAUUCCAUGAAGCUAUCGACCCUCUCUGAUCCCGUGGUAGAGAGGCAGCUUAGGAUUGUUUCCGUCACUGGCUUUAGCAGAGAGCUUCAGGAAGUGCGGCUUCACCUAGAUGUUGCUUCGCUCCAAUCCAGCAAUCUCAUGGAGGGCUUCAAGUUUUCCAAUUCUUCAUCUUCUUCUGGGAAAAAUGGAUCAACAGAGGAGGUCCAGAAAACUGGUGGGAUGGAGGAGCCAGGUGAUGUGGCAGUGCUUGAGGAUGAGUUUGAAGCUGCUGAGGACGGAUUGAAUGCCAUCAUCGGCGCGAACCCUGCUGACUUUGCUGAAGCUGGUGUGGAGGCCGACAAGGGGUGUCGUUUGGCGAUGCGACGGAAGAGGCUUCUGUUGACCUUUUUGGUGGUGCCGGAGGAAUGCAGCGAUCUGCCUCCAAUGGACUUCCUGCUGAGGGCGGCGCCAGAGGUGUCCACAUCAGAGGCUGCGAUGCAGAUGAAGAUGCUCUUGGAACCCCAGAAGGUCGCGGAAGAGGUUUCCGAGAUCUUGCAGGACCUGGUCCUGCCAGAUGCGGAGAACUUGGAUGAUCUGGACAUUGCCAUGGAGCCCGAAGCAGCCGAAGCAGCCGAAGCAGCCGCAGCCGAAGCAGCCGAAGCAGCCGCAGCCGAAGCAGCCGAAGCAGCCGAAGCAGCCGAAGCAGCCGCAGCCAAAGCAGCCGAAGCAGCCGAAGCCGAAGCAGGGCCGGAAGCGCUUGAAGCACCCGAAGGGCCCGAGGGGCCCGAAGGGCCCGAAGGGAGGGAGCUACAACAGCAGGAGGAGAUGCAGAUCGUACCGCGUCGAAAGCGGCGGAGGAGAUCCAUUUGGUUUGAUGAGAAGACGCAGAUUUCAGACAGGGCGUACAACAACACGAGCAAGAUCACUCGUGCCAACCCCUUCGAGUAUGGCAUUUUCUUGCCUCACCAGAGUUAUCAUGUUGGUUUGACCACUGCUUUUGGUGAUAUUUGUCCACUGCUUCGCGAUCCGUUGCGACGUGCAAGUGAAAUUGGGGCCAGGCAGAGAAAAGCGAGGGCCGAGGCCAGAGUCGAGGAGGCUGAUAUGCCUUCUCCCCCGCGAGUGCCGUUCGGGAGCUCAGCUCCAGAGGCCUGCUGA